UAUUUCCCUGGAGAAUCUCCCGCCUGGUGAUGAUAUUUUGGACUCGAUGCGAUUCUAGUAUCUCUGUGAAAGAAAGGGCUCCCUCUUUCGCUUCAACACUUUUCUUUCUCUUCUAUCUACCGAGAAAAAACAGUAGAGAGAGAGAGAGCUCAGCCCACCUUUCCAUCUUCUAGCUGAUGCAGUCUCGCGCAUGGUCGCGACUAAAAAGUUACUACAGGAGAGCAUCGGUUCUGCCCAUAUCAUCAGACCAUGUUAGUUCCAACCAUCUAUCAAAUCUCGUACGUUCGAUUAGCUAUCUCGGAACCUCAAGACCCAGAACGGAAGGAUACAUCCCCAAGUCGAAACCCGAAUGGCUGAUCUCAAAUCUCUGCAAAGAAGGUAGAAUCGCAGAGGCACGCAAGCUGUUCGACGAAUUGCCUGAGAGAGAUGUGAUCACAUGGACGGAUGUGAUCAACGGGUAUAUCAAGUCAGGGAACAUGAGAGAAGCCAGAGAACUCUUCGAUAGGUCCGAUUCUAAGAAAAAUGUUGUGACUUGGACAGCUAUGGUUCGUGGGUACUUGCAAUCUAAGCAGUUCUCUGCAGCUGAGUUACUUUUCCAGGCAAUGCCCGAGAGAAAUAUAGUUUCUUGGAACACUAUGAUUGAUGGGUAUGCUCAAAGCGGGAGAAUUGACAAGGCCUUAGAACUGUUCGAUGAAAUGCCUGAGAGGAACGUUGUUUCUUGGAACACGAUGAUUAAAGGGCUUGUGAUGCGUGGGAGGAUAGAAGAGGCUAUGAGUCUGUUCGAGAGGAUGCCUGUGAGGGAUGUGAAGUCAUGGACUGCUGUUGUGGAUGGAUUAGCGAAGAACGGUAAGGUGGAUGAAGCGAGGCGGGUUUUCGAUUGUAUGCCUGAGAGAAACAUCGUUUCGUGGAACGCGAUGAUCACUGGUUAUGCACAUAACAAUAGGAUAGAGGAAGCUGAUCAGCUCUUUCAAGUGAUGCCGGAGAGAGACUUUGCUUCUUGGAAUACGAUGAUCACGGGGUUUAUACGGAACGGAGAAGUGGACAAGGCAUGUGUUUUGUUUGACCGUAUGCCUGAGAAGAAUGUUAUAACCUGGACCACGAUGAUUACAGGAUACGUCCAGGUUAAAGAGAACGAAGAUGCUCUGAAAGUUUUCUCUAAUAUGUUGAGGGAUGGUUGUGUUAAGCCUAACGUAGGAACUUAUGUGAGCAUUUUAAGCGCAUGUAGUGACUUGGCUGGGCGUCUGGAAGGGCAGCAGAUUCACCAGUUGAUAUCUAAGUCGGUUCACCAAAAGAACGAAAUGGUGACUUCAGCGCUUAUUAACAUGUACUCGAAAUGCGGUGAUCUUGUAGCUGCGAGGAAGAUUUUCGAGUCUGGGAUGGUAAGCCAAAGGGAUUUGAUAUCAUGGAACGGUAUGAUUGCGGUUUACGCACACCACGGGCGUGGGAAAGAAGCAAUUGAAAUGUAUGAUCAGAUGCGGAAGCACGGGUUUAAACCAAGUGAGGUGACCUACCUUAACUUGCUAUUCGCUUGCAGCCACGCAGGUUUGGUGGAUAAAGGAAUGGAUUUCUUUGAGGAACUUGUGAGAGACAAGUCACUUUCUGUGCGAGACGAUCACUAUACGUGUCUAGUGGAUCUCUGUGGUCGUGCUGGUAGAUUGAAAGAUGUGUUAAAGUUCAUCAACAGUGUGGAUGCUAAGCCAUCAAGUUCCGUCUAUGGAGCGGUUUUGUCUGCUUGUAAUAUUCAUGGCGAAGUGAGUAUUGCUACGGAGGUAGUGAACAAGGUUUUGGAAACGGGAUCGGCUGAUGCUGGGACCUAUGUAAUGAUUUCUAAUCUAUAUAAAGGGAGUGGAAAAAUGAAGGAAGCUGCAGAGAUGAGGAUGAAGAUGAAGGAGAGCGGGUUGAAGAAGUCGCCUGGUUGCAGUUGGAUUCUGGUAGGGUCUCAGAGGCAUGCUUUUGUAGUUGGAGACUUGUCUCAUCCUCAGUUUGAAGCUCUUGACUGGGUUGUAACAGAUCUUAGCAAUAAAAUGAGGAAGAACAAGAACAUGGCUUCAGAUGUUGAAAAAGAUGAGUUCUUAGCUAUUUGAACUCAGCUAUUUGAAUUAUGCUUGGUCUUGUAGAUUUAUCAUUCUUAUUUUUUGUAUGAUUCGAUCUUUUACCAUUUUAUACUGAAUAUUACAAUCAUUCAUUCUUCGUUGUUAUAUAAAAAGUGUUGUUGAGUGGGUUA